AUGACUGAGGGCCUUGUUCUGGGGGCCUACUCGGGCGGGAAGGAUGGAGGCGCGUCCCAGCUCACCAGCGCCGGAGAUGCUUUCGACGGGCUCGUGUCCGGGAGGCUGAGGGAGCUGCUGGCGCUACCCUUUUUGUGUUCUAGGUCCGGGCCACCUUUGAAGAAGGGCAAAGCACGCCUAUUUCAUGGUUUGCAUCAGGACUUCCCGAGCGUGGUUGUGGUUGGCUUGGGCAAGAAGAAUGCUGGAGUAAAUGACCAAGAAAACUGGAAUGAAGACAAGGAAAACAUCCGUGCAGCUGUGGCAGUUGGAUGUAGACAGAUCCAGGAUCUGGAGAUCCCCCGUGUUGAAGUGGACCCGUGUGGAGAUGCUCAGGCAGCUGCAGAAGGGGCUGUACUUGGGUUGCACGAGUACAACGAGCUGAAGCAGAAAAAGAAAACUGUAGUUACUCCUCAGCUGCAUGGAAGUGCUGAAGGUGAAGCCUGGCAGAGAGGCGUCCUCUAUGCCGAGGGUCAGAACCUCGCUCGGUACCUCAUGGAGGCUCCAGCCAACUUCAUAACGCCCACCAAAUUCGCCGAGUGCAUUGAGCAGAAGCUGCGUGGUUUCAGCAGCACCGUGAAGGUCCAUGUAAGAACAGAGUCUUGGAUAGCAACACAAGAGAUGGGAGCAUUCCUGAGCGUAGCCAAGGGUUCGGCCGAACCUCCCGUGUUCCUGGAGAUUCACUAUUCCGGUGCUGCUAAUACCAAUGACUCUCCAUUGGUGUUUGUAGGAAAAGGAGUUACUUUUGACAGUGGGGGCAUUUCCCUGAAGCCUUCAUCAGGGAUGGAUGCAAUGAGAGCGGAUAUGGGAGGAGCAGCGACCAUAUGUUCUGCCAUAGUGACAGCAGCAGCCUUAAAGCUACCUCUUAACAUAGUUGGUUUGGCACCCCUCUGUGAAAAUAUGCCCAGUGGUAAGGCAAACAAGCCUGGGGAUGUAGUUAGAGCCAAGAAUGGAAAAACAAUACAGGUUGAUAACACAGAUGCAGAAGGGAGACUGCUGCUGGCUGAUGCUCUCUGUUACGCCCACAGUUUUAAUGCAAGGGCUAUCGUGAAUGCUGCAACCUUGACAGGUGCCAUGGACGUAGCUCUAGGGUCUGCUGCGACCGGCGUGUUCACAAACUCGACCUGGCUUUGGACUCACCUGUACGAGGCCAGCAUUUUGACGGGAGACCGAGUUUGGAGAAUGCCGCUGUUUGAGCAUUACACGAAGCAGGUCACAGACUGUGCGCUGGCCGACCUGAGCAACGUCGGCAAGUACAGCAGGGCCGGAGGCGCCUGCACAGCCGCUGCCUUCCUCAAGGAGUUCGUGAGGGCGCCGCACUGGGCGCACCUGGACAUCGCCGGCGUCAUGGCCAACAAGGACGAGGUGCCCUACCUGCGCAAGGGCAUGGCCGGCCGCCCCACGCGCACCCUCGUGGAGCUCGCCGCCCGCCUGGCGCGCGACGCUGCCUGA